GAAGUCCUUAAGAGGGGCGGCUCCGAGUCAGGUGACUAGAGUUCGCGUAGGUGGGGUCGAAGGUCUUGCCACACGGACUCUUUGGCCGGUUGACUGGCAGGUCAGCCGACAGGCCGACAGGGUGGAGUGGCCUAGGCGGCGUUAGGUGCGCGGAGGCAGGAUUUCCUGGAGAUUCCUGGGGAGAUUCUUCAUCUCAGAGCUUUGCUGACAGCCAAGGAUGGCAAGCAAGGGGCCCUCGGCCUCUACAUCCCCUGAGAACUCCAGUGCAGGGGGGCCCAGUGGGAGCAGCAAUGGUGCUGGCGAGAGCGGAGGGCAGGACAGCACCUUCGAGUGUAACAUCUGUUUGGACACAGCCAAGGACGCUGUCAUCAGCCUGUGUGGCCACCUCUUCUGUUGGCCAUGUUUACAUCAGUGGUUGGAGACUAGACCUAACAGACAAGUGUGUCCAGUUUGCAAAGCUGGCAUCAGCCGAGACAAGGUCAUACCGCUCUAUGGCCGGGGCAGCACUGGGCAGCAGGACCCCAGAGAGAAGACCCCACCCCGUCCUCAGGGACAGAGGCCAGAGCCAGAGAACAGAGGGGGAUUUCAAGGAUUUGGAUUUGGAGAUGGUGGCUUCCAGAUGUCUUUUGGAAUUGGGGCAUUUCCCUUUGGGAUAUUUGCCACAGCAUUUAACAUAAAUGAUGGACGGCCUCCUCCAGCUGUCCCUGGGACACCCCAGUAUGUAGACGAGCAAUUCCUGUCACGCCUCUUCCUGUUUGUGGCCCUGGUGAUCAUGUUCUGGCUCCUGAUCGCCUAAUGUGGGGCCCCUGGCCUGCAUCCAUGACAGAGCCUCUGGACUGGUGACUCGCCACCCCCCAGUGUUUGGCUCCCUGGCUAAUCCUGACCCCUGGAAUCAGUGGGGCCAGUAACACCUCAAGGAGUCUUGCUUCUCCAUCAAAGUUUUGGGACUCAGGACCAGUUGGUGAAGACCCCUGAGUGUGGCCACUGUUGUCAACACCGUGCUAUAACCUCAGGCCUUGGCGUUGGUUUCCUCUCAUUGGUGACACCAUGAAAUCCUGUGCCAGCCAGCUCAGCCGGUCUUGACUCUGCACAGAGAAGCGAUAGCAAAAGAGGAACUGUCAGAGUACAAUCUCACCUGAGUCUAAUAUUACAAAAACAAAGGGACGAACCAAAUGGUAUUUAUGGACACUUUCUUUUAUCUCUUUAAAUACCCCUUGGUAAAGUGGCCUCUGAAGCCAGUGGAGUGCCUCAUGCAGAGAAGCUCCCCUUCCAGACCCCAGUGCUGCUCUGCCAUCUCCCUGUCUCCUCUUCCUCCUCCUCAGCAGAGUGGCAAGAAUUUGCUGUCCCAUAAAGAUUAUAAUUACAGCAGCUGAACCUGAAGUUUGUCCCGUCUCUUCAUGAAUUCACCAGAGACCCAAAGAUCUUUUAUUGGCUUUGGGCUAUGCUCAGCAUCUUUGGCCCCAGAGAGCAGCUUGAAUGGCCUCCUGGUUUCCUGGUGUAGAUUAUCCUUUCUCAUGCGGCUUCACUGCCAGAUUUCCAACAGCUUUACCCCCAGGACUGUGCACAUCUGCCUCUCUGUCAGCAGGCGCACAGCUUAGGCCACUGCCCAGGCUGCGAUUGACUGCUGCACCAGGAGAGACCUGGGUGGAGGCUCUAGUGGGACCUGGAGUGCCGACUCAGGAGUGACUGAACCGGCAGCCCUGAGCCGAGGCUGCAGAAGCUCAGUGCCUUCUCUCCCAGCACCCACCCACAGGAAGCUGGGGCUUUGUCAAGAUAGCCCAGCUGCAUGUUGGAAGACCAUACUCCUUAGAAACCCUUGAUGAAGAGGCAGGGUGGGGGAGAGCCGGUGGGAGCCUGAUUUUGGAAUGACUUGAUGGAUUCCCCCUGCAAACUCCUCAGGAAGCAUGUGACCCCAGAGCAGGCAGCCCCGAUGAUUGCUGAAGCCAGGCAGUGAGGCCUGGGGAGCCACCAAUGAUGAUACGAUGUGGACUUCCUUCGUUUGUCUCUAGGGUAAAUUAUUCUUCCUAAGCCCUUGAUUUGUUUUUCGAUUUUACAGGUUUCUUCCUCUGAAUCUGAUUGAGAGUAUGUGGUGCCAGGCCAGGAGGACCCUUCACCUGGUGGACUGGCUUCCACGGGCUUUGCCAGGUCUCCUGAAAAGCCAGCCUCUUCCUGGAGUCCCCAAGGAUAGGAGGGGAUGGACUUCCUGUGGGGACCUUGCACUCCCUUUGCCAGUCCAGGCCAUUCUUGCCUUACCACAGCAAUAGCCAAAUUCGCAUCUGCAAAAAAAAAAGUGGCAGAAAGCCCCAAGUAGUACUUUUCCCCAGGGUGGCUCUGCAUAAUGCAGGGAAAACCAAGACCUGGAGGAAGAUGAGGGAAGCCCUCUUCCCCUCUCCACAGCCCCAAGCCCCUCCCCAAUGCUCCUGUCAACACCAGAGUUCAGUGUUUUAACAAGCAAACAUGUAAGUAUUGAGUGGGUGGUUCGAUUGCCGAAUCCAUUCUGUGUGCCUGAGGGAUUUUAAAUAUUCUUGGAUUACCCACUUGAGUGCCCUUUUUAUCACUUUCAGAAACCCCUAAAGUCAGAGGAGCCCCUGGAGUUCCAGAGAGGAUUGGUGGGAUCUCUCAGUGCAGUGGCCUUACCUGGUGGUGGGAGAGAGAAGGGCCCAACAGAGAGGAGUUGCCAGAAGAAAGGAAAGUUGUGGGUAGGAAGACUUUCUCAAAAUGGGAAUGAGCCCAGGAGAGCUCUACCAGCAAAGGCAUCCCGGGAACCUAUUAGCAAGGCCAGGUUAGCCAUGUGCCCUUUGGAUUUAAACUUUAUAGGUCCCUUCUCAUCCUUCACCGGGAGCUGUGGCAGGAGAACCAACUUGGGACUGCUGGGCCACCCCCAGCAGAGAUCUCUCUUCCCACCACACUGCAGGCUCACCACCUUGCCCUUCUGCCAAGGUGGUUUUCCUUCCUUUUGUGUGUAUUUUCUGUGUUUGCAGCCUCCAUCCUACCCCACCCCUCACCACCCCAUCAACUAAAACCAGGUCCCGACCACAGGCAGACAAUGACACUGUAUGGUGGCACACCUUGACCAGUCACUAAUUUUCACUGUUGUGAAAGUGGUUUGAUUUAGAAUUAAACAAAUGGUUUUGUAUUACUGUGAGCUGUGGUCUUCUUAUCUGUGACAUGGGGGGUGGGAGUAGUCACACUGGUCUGGCCUCUGAGAAGCACCUGUGAGUCCUUGGUAAUCCCACACUGAGGAAGAAAGCCUCAGACAGCUGUGGUUAAUUAAAGACAAGAAGCCUGGGCUGGAGGCCUGGUUUUAUGCAAGCCCUGCCCAAGGUGUGGCCUGUCUGACAGGCAGCCCUGGUCCUGACAAGUGCGUGGAAUUCAUAAACUUGCAAGCCACAAGCUUCCACGAUGGAGCUUAGCAUGUGGCUGAUCAGACCAGAGCCUUAAGGACAAUCCUAGGUUAAUUCAAUGUCAGCAUCUGUCCAUGUUCAGUGACAGGGCAGAUGGAUCCCAGCCAAGCUCUUCCCCUGGUGCAGUGGGCAUGCCCCUCAGGGAGGUUCCUUAGUAGCAGGGUGUGGUACAAGAUGGAAGAUGUUGGUGGGCUUACAAACCUGUUGUACCGUUGGUCUCCCUGAUGCCAGAGCCAUGGGUCAUCCCUCUGAAAGGAGCUCUUGUCUCCCUCUUAGACUUCCAUCUAACAGUUGAAUAGAGUCAAGGUGUAGUGGGGAAUGCAAAGAUAAGGAAGCAGUCCUUGUCCUUGGGGAACUUGGAAGCCUAAUAAAGCAUACACAGAAGUCCAAUAGGACAAUAAAACCUCCAAGUUACCCAUCACUCAGCCCAAGUAACCAUCAACUUAUAUCGUCUUAUUUCAUUGUCGUUACCCCUGUGCUGCUCCCUCUCCCCCUGCCCCGGAUAUCCCAGUCAUAUGUCUUCUAUAAGUAUUUUGAUGAGCAUCUUAAGGAUUUUUUUUAACAUCACCAAAAUACCAUUUUAUAUAUCUUAAAAAUUAACAGUAGCUCAUUAACAAUCACAUAUGUAAUCCUUGUUAAAUGUUCCUGUUUGUCUCAUAAUUUUUUGUCCAGUUUGUUUAAAUUGAGAUCCAAAUCAAAUCAAUACAUUGCUAUUGCUCAAGUAUCUUCCAUCUGUAAAUUCCUAUUUUCUUUGUGGUUUCAGUUUCUUUUUCCUUGCAGUUUAAACUGUUAAGGAAACCAGGUCAUUUUCUUGAGUUUCCCAUAGUCUUGAUUUUGCUCUUUGCAUUACCCAAGUGUUAUUUCACAAACUGGUCUUUCCCCUGUUUUUCCUGCAAAUUGGUUGUUAGAACCAGAGGCUUGACCAGAUUGAGAUUUGAUUUUUUUGUGGGUAAGACUGUGUCACAAAUGAUGGUAUGUACUUCUUUUUGCAUCAUAUCUGGAGACCUGUAAUGUCUGGUAGUCUCUCUAUGAUGUUAGCAGCCAUUAGUCAUUAUCUAAGAGCAGCACUGUCCAUUAGAACUUUCUGCAAUGAUGGAAAUGUUCUGUAUCUGCACUAUCCAACACGCUAGCCACGAGUACUGUCCAUUAGGACUUUCUGCAAUGAUGGAAAUGUUCUGUAUCUGCACUAUCCAACACACUAGCCACGAGUCACAUGUGGCUAUUGAGCACAUGAAAUGUGGCUAGUGGACUGAGGAACUGAAUUUUUAAUUAUACUUUGAAUAACCGCAUGUGGCUAAUGGCUGUUUUAUUGGACA